AUGGAACGCACAAUCGACGACCGCGACCCCACUAUCGCCUACUCCAUCGCCCCCUCCGGCUCCACCGACUGGGAGGGCGGCAUCUUCGGCGGCCCCUUCGAGUUCAACGGCACCACCACCCUCUCCCAACGCAAAGGCGCCACCGCGACACUCACAUUCAGCGGCACCGCCGUCUCCGUAUACGGCACCAUCUCAGUAAACGACACGAUCCUGCCGUCCUCGUCGUACACCCUCGACGGGGGGUCCCCCGUGUUCUACACGCCCCCGCGCGCGACGGGCGCGGCUCUGUUGCAGGAUGCACAUCGGACGCUGUUUUUCCAGGCGGGGGGACUGGAGAGGGGGACACAUACGCUGGUGGUUACGAAUGAGGUGGAUGGGGAUCGGUAUUGGCUGGAUUAUUUCAUGUAUGUGCCGACGCUGUUUGAGCCGACGUCGGUUAGUUCGGGGGUGGGGACGAGCACGAGAGUUGCAGCGAGCACUGCGGGAACGGCAACGAGCACGGGAAUUGGAGCUGGAGAUGGAGAUGGGUCGGGGUCGGGGUUGCAGACUCAGACUCAGGAUCAGGAUCAGGGCGAAAAAGCCAACAACACUGCAGCGAUCGUCGGCGGGGUGGUGGGCGGCGCGGUGCUCUUGGUCGCACUCAUUGGCGCGUUCCUCUUCUGGCGGCGCCGGAACCGGAGAAGACAAGCACGGCAGGAACAGCAGCGGCCUGCUGGCUCGAGGGACAACCUAAACGAUCCUGGCCCGGGAAUGGUAGAGAAUGGGUAUCAUGCAACUCCCCAGCCAUACCGUGACUACCCCAAUUCACAACAACCGACAACGAUAAUGGCGCAAAACCCUGCAGCUCCUCGUGGCCCGCUCCAUAUCGCCAACCCCUCCCUAGACAGCUCUGUGGCGCCGUUCUCCCCAGGGUCAAGCGCUACCGGAGGCGGUGGCGGGGCGAGUGCCAGCGACAGUGGUAAUACGAGCGGAACAGGUAGUGUAAGCCAGCCGUCAUGGACGAUAUCCAACGCCUACUCCGGAAUUACGACUCCGGGCGCGGGCGCACCGCCCCCAAGCAAGCUCUUGCGCGAUGGCUAUGCGCCGGUCCAGAGGAGGACGUCGGGGACGCAGCCGCCUGCUUAUCAGGCUGUUUCGGGUGGUUCGAGUUGA